UGUCGAAUGUGGUAGGCACGUAAGAAACUGUAAAAUAGUCCGUCUCCAACCAUAGCAAACUAAAAAUGCCUUCAUCACUGCUGCUAGCACUGGGCGCCGUGUUCGUGCUAACUGCCCUUACAGAUCAAUGUCAAGGCAAUGAAAGUCCAGGAUUCUUUCUUAAGAUCACCAAAAAUGUGCCACGCCUAGGGCGGCGCUCGGAUAGUUACUUCUUAAAAAAUAUGAAAGUUGUGCCGCGUAUCGGACGCAGUGAUGAAAAGCCACCUGAGGACACUGCUCUGUCGUCGCUCGUAAAGCGUAUGCUCCUCAAUCCAACUGCAGUAGCUGCCGCCGCGGAGCGUGAAUACAGUUUGGUGCAGCCCGUCACUUCAAACACACUGAUCGAAUUGUUGAACAAGAAUGCAAUCGCCACGGAUAAUAUUAAAUUUGUACAUUGGAAGGACUUCGAUCGGGCGCUACAAAUGGACCCCGAGUUGUAUGGCAAACUGAUUUCGUUGGGUCGCAAGCCCGAUCAGCGACUGAAGGAGGAUCUAAGUGCUGAUGUUAGCAGUGGUUUUAUGCCCUUAACAGCCUAUUCAAAUAACAACGAGUUAAGGUUUUACAACAGGGAUGUCGACGAGAUGUAUGCACCCAAGUAUGGGGCCGAUUUUUUGCAUUACAAUGAGCUUAUGUAG